AUGGGCACUUGCUGUUCAUAAUAAUAAGGAGGAGAGAUCUAGAAUUUAGAAUAUAGACAAUUUGAACCAAUUGUGAUGCCCACUUUAGUUCCACAACAAAUCAACUUUGAAGAGUAUCGAGAAGAAAUUGUCAAAAUUUAAUCUUCAAUGAGAAAGAAGAAGGCAAAAAAUGUUGCAGCGUAGAUUAAGGAAGAAGCUGAGAAAGAGAGACCAGGUGAUACUUGGUUUUAGAGCAAAGAACCUAAACAUAUUGAAUAAAAUGUUUUAAUCACCUAAAAUAAGCUUGGGAAAUUCAAAUUCGAUAAAAAGCUUCCUUAAGAAUUUAAUGAGUGUAGAUUCUUUGUUGCACAUGAACACAAAAGAAAUUAAGGCAAUAUAUAUGUUGGUUAGUGGUUAUCCAGGUUAAGACAUGGUAGAGGGAAAUAAUAUUUUGCUGAUGGAUCAAUCUAUGAGGGUUAUUGGAAGUUUGAUUAAGCAAAUGGGAGAGGGAGAAUUAUACACUCCAAUGGUAAUGCAUAUGAGGGUGAUUGGAAAAACAAUAUGUCGAAUGGUUAUGGAGUCUUUUAUGACUUUGAUGGAUCUAGAUAUGAAGGAGAAUGGUUAUAGGAUUAAAAACAUGGAUAAGGAAGGGAAAUUCUGGUUGAUGGUUAAGAAUACGAAGGGUCUUUCUUUUAAGGAAAGAAGUAAGGAUAGGGAAGAGUCAAGUUUGCCAAUGGAGAUAUUUAUACAGGAUAAUUAGAAAAUGAUUCAAUUACAGGGUUUGGAGAGUUGAAAUUCUAAGAUGGCAGAAACUACAAAGGUUAAUUUAAGGAUUUUAAAAUGCAUGGAAAGGGUCAUUUUAUUUGGCCAGAUGGACGAGAGUAUAAGGGAUACUACUGUUUUGAUCUGAAACAUGGCGAAGGAGAAUUCAUAUGGGCAGAUGGAACAAUCUAUAAAGGAGAAUUUAGGGAUGGAAAAUAACAUGGGAAGGGAAUCCUUAUUGAUAAAAAUGGAGUUUAAAAUGAAAGCUAUUGGUGUGAAGGAAAAGAAAAAAGAUUAAAGAGUGAAGCAUGAUCAUUGAAUUUUUAUAUUGUUAUUCUUUUGGGCUGACUCAUAUAGAUUUCUAAUAAAA